CACAAUCAGUGUGUUUCUUGCUUUUAUAGAGAGAGGUCGCUCCGAUCAAGUUCGUUAACACCAUAACAUCGUGAUCAAGAAAUUAGAAAUGGCUUCAGUUAGAGAGUUUUACAAAGAGAAGAAUGUACUGCUCACUGGUGGUACGGGAUUUAUGGGGAAAGUUCUCAUUGAGAAGCUUUUAUAUUCCAUACCUGAUAUCGGCAAUAUCUACGUUCUGAUGAGACCGAAACGUGGAAAGUCUGUUAAACAACGUUUGGAGGAGAUGUUAAGAUUACAAUUAUUCGACAGAAUCAGAAAUGAACGACCAGGUGAUCUUAAAAAGGUUAAACCCUUACAAGGCGAUGUUCUGUUCGAUAACUUUGGAUUAUCGGACUCUGAUAUUGAUAACUUGUCAAAGGAGAUAUCUAUACUGUUCCAUUUCGCGGCAACAUUAAAACUUGAAGCACCUCUGAAGGACAAUGUAGACAUGAAUACGUGCGGAACUCUACGGACCGUGAACAUUGCUAAAAGACUAAAAAAUCUAUUAGCCUUCAUACAUCUUUCAACUGCAUUUUGCUAUCCGGAUUACGAAAUUUUAGAUGAAAAGAUGCAUGCCCCGCCGGUGAAGCCCGAGGAUGUUAUGAGAUUGAUCCAAUGGAUGGAUGACAAACAGCUGGCCCUAAUCACACCAUCGUUGUUGGGCCCCCAUCCCAAUUGUUACACUUUCUCCAAGCGACUUGCUGAGAACAUUAUUGAGCAAGCCUUCGAUGACCUUCCAGCUACCAUAGUGCGGCCGAGUAUAGUGUGCCCGGCCUAUUUAGAGCCGUUACCUGGAUGGGUGGACAGUCUUAAUGGUCCAGUGGGCUUGAUGCUGGGUGCCGGCAAGGGAGUCAUCCGGAGCAUGCUAUGCGAUGGCAGUCUAACUGCACAAGUCAUACCAGUUGAUACUGCUAUCAAUGCUAUCAUCGCCAUUGGAAUGUUAGAAGGAACAAGAACUGAGAAACCUCUAGUUAUUCCUAUUUACAACGCAAAUAUAGGACAUCAAAAACCUACCACGUGGGGCGAAGUUUUACAGAUCGGUAAGGACUAUGGUCGGAAAUAUCCGCUGGCUUGGCCGCUUUGGUAUCCCAACGGAGAUAUCACAACCAACGAAACAUUGCAUUUCUUCCGUCGUAUAUUCUACCAUUUGGUACCAGCAUACACUAUCGAUUUUCUACUGAUGCUACUUGGUCAAAAAGGCUUCAUGGUAAGGAUACAGAAUCGUAUCAGCCAGGGACUUGAAGUUCUGCAAUACUUUACUAUGAGGCCGUGGGUGUUUCCUUGCCCGAACUUUGAUAACAUACAAACAAAAUUGGAAGGCGAAGAACGCAGGAUCUUCAACAUAGAUCUUACUGCGGUGGAUCGUGUCAAGUACCUCGAAGACUGCAUAGAAGGUGGUCGAAUCUUUUGCUUCAGGGAAGAUCCAACUAAAAUCCCGUACAAUAGAUCUUAUCAUAAUUUCCUUUACGUGCUCGAUUGGAUUGUGAAGAUAUUAUUCGGGCUGUUAAUUCUAUCAUUUUUAGCUUCGUGGUUUGAGCCUGUUAAGGACUUGUUUUCGAUCGGUGAACCAGUUAUAAAGCACCUACCAUUUUUAGGUCCGGCUGUCUUCGAUAAAAGAAUGUAAAACGGGUUAUCAAAAAAUGAUAUCUUAAAAACAUAUUAUGCAAACAAAGUCAGUGAGAUAAGUCAGUCAAAACAAUCAAUAGAUAAUUCACAGUAACUGGCCGCUUAUGUUUAUAAUUAUUUACUUGUUUAAAGUUUCAAUUUAUGUUAUGGUUAUUUGCCCAAUUAAAUGCAUUUUAUAUAGAGAAAAACAUUUGAUAACUGUUGUUAGGGUUCCGUACCUCAUAGGAAAAAAACGGAACCCUUAUAUUAUCACUUAAUUGUCCGCCCGUCCGUCUGUCAAGACCCCUAUUCUCAAAAACGCGUGAAAGUAUCAAGCUGGAAUUUAUUUUUAAUAUACUUUUAACAAGAUCAGUCAUCGCCCAUUAUUCGAAAUUCGACUAUACACGCUUUAUUUAAGGUCGAACUAUCAUAUUUUUUUUAAUUGAAAUAAAACGAAAUUAUGCACUUCUCCAAAUUCUCGGGGAAAAAGGACAACGGCACGGCUCGCCAUAUUCCGUCUCCCGAGGUUCGUACAGCCACGCUAAAUGGAAGUCUGUGGUAUGUUUCUGGGUUAAAAUCGUGUUCUCCAUUAAAAAGAAAACAACUCACACAAAGUA